CCACACGAAUGAUAUACAGCGUGUUGACUUCUGCCGUUUCUCACGUGUAGAUGCUAUGUAGACAAUAUCAAGCCAUGGAAACAAUAAAACGAUUAGCAGAGGAACAGUUGGAGGCCACAAGUCCAAAAAGAAUUUGCACAGAAUCCAGUGUAGAAGACCAGUGCGGUACGACCAGUUUACAAGAACAACCAGAUGUACCCAGUCCAAAAAAAGUUUGUACAGAAUCUAUUAUCGGAGAUCAGUGCAAUACAACAAGUUUAAAAGAACAGUCUGAUUUGACUAGUCCGGAAAAAGUUUGUACGAAACCCAAUAGUACAGGAGAUGGUUCACCUAGUUUAGAAGAACAAACCGACAGAACUCAUUCAAAGAAAGUUUGUACAGGAUCCAGUGUAACCUCAGAGAAGAGUGAUAAACAGGAAGACAAUUUUCAAGCUUCAGGACUACUUGAAAAAGAUGUUGGAAUUUCUGCGUAUUUGAUGCAACACCAAGGGUUCAGGGGAAUUCUGAAACAGAGAUAUUCUGAUUUUUUGGUCUAUGAGAGAAGUAAAGAUGGAGUUUUAGUGAAACUUGAUGAUAUAAGUAAGCCAACAGAUUUUGCAGUACAGGUUUCAAAUGAACCAGAUGAGGAUUACUUACAAGAUACCGACAAACAAAUGUUACAAGAGUUACUUGAAUCAAAAGACAAAUCUAAAGAUGUCAUAAUAAAGCUAUCUGAAGACAGUAAAGACAGGAGAACAAAGAUACACCAGAGUAUAAGACAAGUGUAUCCAGGUUUGGUCAGUGAAACUACGGAUGUAGACGGUGAACGAGUUAUUAAGGUCACAUGUAAAGAUAACAGUAAAGGAAGGAAGUCCCAAAACAGAGGUGGAUGGCCUAAAGAUUGUCCAAAUUAUUGUUGUUUUGUACUGUAUAAAGAAAAUAAAGACACGAUGGAUGCUAUUAAUUUAAUAUCUAAAUUACUCAGGAAACCAUCACAUUUGUUCAGUUUUGCUGGAACAAAGGACAAACGAGCUAUUACUGUCCAGGAAUUAACAGCUUACAGAAUGCAUCCUUCUCAAAUUUUUCCAGUCAAUAAAUUACUAAGAAAUAUGAAGGUUGGUAAUUUCCGAUAUUGUAAAGAUAGUUUGGGCUUGGGUGAUUUGACAGGAAAUCAUUUUGUAAUCACAUUGAGGAAUGUGCAAGGAGAAGAUGAUGUCAUUGAAAAUUGCUUGUCAUUGUUCAGAGAUAAUGGAUUUGUCAAUUAUUUUGGAAUGCAAAGAUUUGGUUCUACUAAUAUACCAACUCAUUAUGUAGGAAAAGCUUUGUUGCAUAGUGAUUGGAACCUUGCCAUUGAACUGAUAUUGAAACCAAGACAAGGCGAUUCUGAAGAUAUGAGUGAAGUACGAAAACAUUGGUGGCAGACGAAGGAUGCUAAAUCUACUCUGGAGAAACUAAAGAAUGUGAAAUCAUACUACUUAGAAUACUCAUUACUUAAAGCACUUGAUAAAUAUGGUGACAAAGAUCCACUGAAAGUCCUCUAUGCAAUACCAAAAGGUACAAGACUAAUGUAUGUACAUAGCUAUCAAAGCUACAUUUGGAAUUGCAUUCUUAGUAGACGUAUAAAGUCUUAUGGUAUGAAGCCCAUAAUUGGGGAUUUGGUGCAAAAGAAUAAUUCCAGUAAGUAUCUGACCCAAGAUAAUAUCAAUGACUAUAGUAUAUAUGACAUAGUAUUACCACUACCUGGCUAUGAUAUUACUUAUCCACACAAUGAAGUUGCAGACUGGUAUAAAGAAAUGCUAAUGAAAGAUAAUAUUCAUAUAGAUGGAUUGAAACACAAAGUCAGAGAUUAUUCAUUGACUGGUAACUAUCGUAAGAUUAUUGUUAAAAGCACUGAUUCAGACUGGAGUAUAAUUCGUUAUGAUGAUCUGACUAUUCCACUGGCACUAUCAGAUUUAAAUAAAUUAGAAGACAGCACACUGUCAGUUUUUUUUACAGAUGGCAAGUUUAAAGCUGUCAAAGUGGAAUUUUCUUUGCCUUCAUCAUCCUAUGCUACCAUGGCAAUAAGAGAAAUAAUAAAGUGUGAUACAUCAGUUGCAUUUCAGAGAUCUUUAAAUGCAUUGUAA